AUGUCCCUCUGCAAACAGCUCACAUCUCUACAAUACCUUGAUUUCUGGGGAAAAAGAAUGAGCCCGAUGGUCAGCCUAACAGAAGAACAGGAGAGAGCACUCCAGCUUCUCACCUCCUCCGAGAGCUCCACUUUGGGGCUACCUGAACCUCCUGUUACUUCCUGCAGAUCUGCGAAGCCUUGUCUCCCCAAGUCCCUGAGAAUCUAUUCCUGUCCAAGCAUCUCAGGGCUGCCGGAAAUGCCAGCUUCAUGUGAUCUUUAUGUGCAUGAUUGCAGCGAGGAGCUAGCUCAGCGUUUCAAAGAAUGGGAACUACGGAGAAGGGAGAUGAUUGAUGAUGAGAUUUAUGGGCAUGUUUGGAGCAAGGAGCUAGCUCAGCAAUUGGAAGUAUGGGAACUACGGAGAAUGGAGAUGAUUGUUGAUGAGAUUGUGAAUCAUUAA